GCAUUUUGCAGAUCUUGAUCAAACAAAUAGAGGUCCAAACACUUUUAAAUGGACAAUUACUCGAUUCGCAACGAAAUUUAUGAUCUGUGUUACCUUCCAUCUUGUUCCACGGAUCAGAAUGAGCAAUCAACAACUGAAACACCUGAGUACUCUCUCACGAGAAGUGAUUCGUUCACGUUUGGCCGGACCAACUCUGAAAUCUCAACCUUCUCAGACCACUAUUAUGAUGAGAACAACUUUUCUGAAGAAAGCUCGCCUUCACGCUGGCCCAGUUCGAAAUCUCUAACCCGUAAAAGGGGUUUCCUCACCAGAUCAUCAAUGAAGAAGAACUCUGGAGUGGAAGAUGAGAAUGAUGAUGAUCAAGAAGUUACAGAUGCAGAUAUGGAAAUGAUGAAGGAAAGGUUUUCAAAGCUUUUGCUGGGGGAAGACAUGUCCGGAAGUGGGAAGGGUGUCUGUACAGCAGUUGCAAUCUCAAAUGCCAUGACAAACCUCUACGCUACUGUUUUUGGUCAGAACUUGAGAUUAGAACCACUGCCACCUGAGAAGAAGUCCAUGUGGAGAAGAGAGAUGACCUGUCUUUUAUCCAUAUGUGAUUUCAUACUUGAAUUCCUACCUUCCACCGAAACCUAUCCAGAUGGGGAGGCUGAGGAGUUGACGAUUAAUAGACCCAGAUCUGAUAUUUCUAUGAACCUUCCGGGACUACAAAAGCUCGACACAAUGCUGAUGGAAAUCUUGGAUAGUUUCACGGAACAGGAAUUCAGGUAUACAGAGCAGGGAAAGCUUUCUGCAAAUGAACUUAAUUCUGCAUCAUCCAGACGGAUUAUUCAUCUGCAAGAGGAUAAAUGGUGGUUGCCGGUACCAUGUAUACCUUCAGGAGGCCUCUCUGAUGAGUCCAGGAAGCAAUUACAACACAAACGUGACAGCACAUUUCAAAUUCACAAGGCAGCCAAGGCUAUCAACAAUACCAUUCUUGCUGACAUGCAAGUCCCAGAAACAUACUUGGAAACCCUUCCAAAGAGUGGGAAGAGCAGCGUUGGAGAUGAAAUUUACCGAUAUAUGUACACCACAGAUAAAUUCUCCCCUGACUAUCUUCUUGAUUGCCUGAAAAUAUCUUCAGAACAUGAAGCUCUUGAGAUUGCAGACCGGGUGGAAGCUUCAAUGUACACAUGGAGACGCAAAGCAUGCAUGAGUCACUCAAAACCCUACUUGGAUAUGUUCAAAGAUUUAAGGGCUGAUGGGGAUAAGAACUACACACUUGCUACUAGAGCAGAGAGUCUGUUGUUAUGCUUAAAGCAGAGGUUCCCAGAACUAUCACAGACAACCUUGGAUACAAGUAAAAUCCAUUACAAUAGGGAUGUUGGGCAAGCAAUCUUAGAGAGCUACUCAAGAGUAUUGGAAGGUCUAGCAUUCAAUAUAGUAACUUGGAUAGAGGACGUGAUCUCUGCAGACAGGUUAAUGAAAAACCAAGAUCAGAGGAAACAAUGAAGGACUUCAAUUCUGAAGUUGAAGUCUGAGUUCAAUCUCCAGCUUCAAUAGUGUGUAUUAAGAAAUUUCUCUUCCUAUAGGCGCAAAAUGGAAAAAGGGAAACACAAUUUUGAAUGUAUAACACUCUCUCCAAUGUUAGAUUUACGCUCAAAUUGUACACUUAACACCCAAUAGACAGAGCUCAGAGAAUAUCAAAUAGAUUUCAGAGCAAGAUCAAGUUCGCAAUUACGAGUAAAGUUAAA